AUGAGUGCCAAAAAGGGUUUUGAAACAAAAGUUUUAGAGGACGAGAGCGCAGACCUCGGUUUCCAUUCUGGACCGUUGAGUGAACAGCUGUUGUCUUCCGAGGAAUUGAAUACUAGAGAAGACGUUCCAGUGGAAAGUGAUAAAAAAGUGAUCAGUGAAACAGAGAUCGACAGUGGUUUGGACUUGUGCUUGUCAGAGCCUCUGUCUAAUAUUAGCCUUAGUGAAUCUACUCCCACGGCCCAGGGACAGGGUCCUUUAAUUUAUAUUGACGACAAAAAACACCAAGAUAUCCAACUACUCACAAUUUUAUUUCAGCAAGACGACGAUGGGGAUACGCAGCUACACAUCGCAGCAGUACAUGGUUGCCAAAAAUCUGUCGGUACCCUAAUAAGGGUGUGUCCAGACAAGGCGUGGCUAGAUAUACCAAACGACUAUGGUCACACUCCACUACACCUCGCUGCCAUGAGCGGCCAUGCCGUCGUGGCCAGGAUGCUGGUCAGGGCGGGAGCCUCCAUAGGCGCCAGAGACGUCACAGGAGAAACGCCCCUACACAAAGCAGUCGCCAUCAGGAGUCAAGAGUGCAUUCAAGCACUCAACCCGGUGCCGGAACACCCGACGAGGCUUUCGACUGUAUUAAAUCAGAAGAAUUACAAAGGUCAGUGCUGCGUGCACCUCGCGGCGACGGCGGGCUACACCGACAUGCUGCAGCAGCUCGUAUACCUCGGCGCGGAUAUUAACGCUAGAGACGGACUGGGCGGAUGGACGCCACUGCACAUCGCGGCGCGCCGCGGUGACGUGGCCACGGUGCAGUUCCUGCUGCGCGUACCCGCCGUGCAGCGCGCCGCGCGCGACUACGCCGGCCGCGCGCCGCGCCGCCUCGCACGCCGCACGCGCGCUCACGCGCUCUUCCCCGACGACAACGAUGACGACGAAGAUGAUGAUGAGCGGUGUCCGUGCUUGUCGGACAGCGAAGGCGAGACUUUCUUCGAGAAGUACCUGCAGAGCGGCAACCCUAUCAACGUCGCC